AUGGCUCCCUCUGUCAUCUUCCUCCUCUUCUUCGUGUUAUUUUCGCUAGCAAUUACAUCGUCAUGGCAUUGCGCUGCUGGUGAUAGUAGUAAACAGCUUGUUCUUACUCUUGAUCAAUCCAACUUCACUCAAACCAUUAGCAAAUAUGAUUUUCUCCUUGUUGAAUUUUAUGCACCUUGGUGUGGCCACUGCAAGAAACUUAUUCCAGAGUUUGAGAAGGCUGCUUCUAUAUUGAGUAAUAAUGACCCUCCAGUUUAUUUGGCAACAGUUGAUGCCAAUGAUGAAAAGAACAAAGAUCUUGCCGAUGAGUAUAACGUAAAGAGUUUCCCAACACUUAAAAUCAUUAAGGAUGGAGGGAAAACUAUUCAAAAUUAUAAAGGACCCAGAGAGGCAGACGGAAUAGUGGCUUACAUGAAGAAACAAAUUGGACCUGCUUCUGUUGAAAUAAAAUCUGCAGAAGAUGCUAGUGCUAUUAUUGAUGAAGAGAAGAUUGUUAUUGUUGGAAUAUUCCCCGAAUUGUCUGGAGAGAAGUUCAACACAUUUUUAGCUUUAGCUGAAAAAUUGCUAUCUGACUAUGAUUUUGCUCAUACAUUAGAUGCAAAACUUUUACCACGUGGUGAUUCUUCGGUAUCUGGAGCUACUGUCCGUUUAUUUAAGCCUUUUGAUGAACUUGUAGUGGAUUUUAAUGAUUUUGAUUUGGAUGCCAUGGAAAAGUUUAUUGAGAAGGCAAGCAUUCCAAUUGUAACGGUCUUAAAUAACGAUCCAAAGAAUCAUCCCUUUGUCCUCAAAUUCUUUAACCAGCCCAAUGCAAAGGCUAUGCUGUUUGUGAACUUCACUAGCAAGCCGUUUAGUGAUUUUGAAACCAAAUAUUAUGACAUUGCUAAUGAGCACAAGGAAAAGGGGAUACGUUUUUUUAUGGGAGAUGUUGAGGUUAGUCAAGGUGCUUUCGAGUAUUAUGGAAUUAGAAAUGAGCAUGUUCCUGUUAUCGCUAUAGACAACGAUAAAGAGAAGUAUUGGAAACCAAACAUAGAGCCAGACCACAUUGAGUCAUGGUUGAAGGAUUAUAAGGAUGGAAAAGCUGCACCGUUCAGGAAAUCUGAGCCUGUACCUGAGGUUAAUGAUCAGCCGCUUAAGGUGGUUGUUGCUGAUAAUUUUGAUGAGAUCGUUUUCAAGUCAGGGAAAAACGUUAUGUUGGAGUUCUAUGCUCCAUGGUGCGAAUAUUGCAAAAAGUUGACUCCACUCCUGGAAAAAGUUGCCACUUCACUGAAGAAACAUAGUGAUGUUGUCAUUGCUAAAUGUGAUGCUACUGCAAAUGAUAUUGCAUAUGAAGGUUUUGAAAUUAAGGGCUAUCCGACAUUGUACUUUAGGUCGGCAAGUGGAAAGCUGUUGCAGUACAACGGAAGGAGAACCAAAGACAAGAUUGUUAGUUUUAUUAAGAAGAACAAGGAUAAACCAACACAGCAAGAUUCUGUAAAGGAUGAACUGUAGUACAGAUGCAAGGGGCUCCUUAUCAUCCCUUCUGAGG